CAAACAUGAAGAGCAGAGGAGCAGCAGCACCGCCAUUAUUCCCCCCCAAACACACGGGACAGAUCCGCGGCGGACACGGAGCCCUCGGCUCAGGUGGGAUGUGUGAGGGCGCGCGGGAUUGACGCGGUUCUGCUCGGGUUGGUUCUCGUGUGUGUGUGUGUGUGUGUGUGUGUGUGUGUGUGUGUGUUAAGUUUGUGUAGAAGUGAACGGGUGUGUGUGUGUGUGUGUGUGUGUGCUCCUGAGCGACUCGCUACUUUGUUUCCGUUCACCUCUUGAUGCGGGAUCGGCGGCAGACUUUGAUCUUUUCCGUCUGAUUGAUCUGAUCUGUUUGAUCUUCUUUGACUCGUGGAGAUCCCGGGUUCCCCGCGCGCAUGCUGAUGUUCUACCCCCCCUGAUCGAGCGCACCCCUGCCCCCCCUCCCCCGAUGAGCCCUCAGCAGCAGGCCUGAUGUGGGCUAAAAGUGCGGCAUGGCUGCAGGACGAGCUCCGCUCCCGCCGCCAGGCUCUGCUGCUGCUGGACUGCCGCUCUCACGAGCUCUACGAGUCCUCGCACGUCGAGUCCGCCAUUCACCUGUCCAUCCCGGGCCUCAUGCUGCGGCGCCUGCGCAAAGGGAACCUGCCCAUCCGCUCGGUCAUCCCCAACGACGUGGACAAGGAGCGCUUCAGCCGCCGCUGCGACACCGACACCGUGCUGCUGUACGACGAGAACGGGGACAGCCCCGCGCCGGCACCGGCCUCCGGACCGCCGGGACCUGGAUCGGGGUCGGGCUCGGUUCUGGCGCUUUUGAUGCAACGGCUGCGAGAGGAUGGCUGCAGUGCUUAUUACCUGGAAGGAGGCUUUAAUAAGUUUCAGAUGGAGUACCCGGAGCUCUGUGAGACCAGUCUGGACCUGUCGUGCCCGAGCACCUCUCCCCCGGCCUCGGUUUUAGGUCUGAGCGGAUUGAAGAUCAGCUCGGACGGAUCGGACGGAGAAUCGGACCGCGAGCCCAGCAGCGCCACCGAGUCGGACGGGAGCCCGUUACCCAGCAACCAGCCGGCGUUCCCGGUCCAGAUCCUGCCGUACCUGUACCUGGGCUGCGCCAAAGACUCCGCCAACCUGGACAUUCUAGGAAAAUACAACAUCAAGUACAUUCUGAACGUCACACCCAACCUGCCCAACAUGUUCGAGCACGACGGAGAGUUCAAGUACAAACAGAUUCCCAUCUCGGAUCACUGGAGCCAGAACCUGUCGCAGUUCUUCCCCGAGGCCAUCUCCUUCAUCGACGAGGCUCGCUCUAAGAAGUGCGGGAUCCUGGUUCACUGUCUGGCGGGAAUCAGCCGCUCGGUGACGGUGACGGUGGCGUACCUGAUGCAGAAGCUCAACCUGAGCCUGAACGACGCCUACGACUUCGUCAAGCGCAAGAAGUCCAACAUCUCGCCCAACUUCAACUUCAUGGGGCAGCUGCUGGACUUCGAGAGGACUCUGGGUCUGAACAGCCCCGCCUGCGACAACCGCUCGCCCGCCGACCAGCUCUUCUUCACCACGCCCACCAACCACAACGUGUUCCAGCUGGACACGCUGGAGUCCACGUGAGCCCGCCACGGGAGGGACGCUUCUCACAUCUCUGCUGCCCCCCGGAGGAGCGGCGGCCGGCGUACGAGGACGGGGAACCGCCCGGAGAGCUGCCUCUUGUUACCGUGGAAACGGAGGAUUUUAGCCAUCGUGGCAGCCUCUCUUGCCUUUCUGGAGACUGUUCUGUUUUGAUUUUUUGUACUUUGAGGACCAGACAGAAGUUUUGGAUGUAAAAUGUCGUGCGUUCCUGAUCCUGAUCCUGAUCCUGAUCCUGACGGGUGCCAAGCUUGGAUUCCUUUUUGCUAAAUGUUGUUUUUUAACAGGAUGAAAUGAUCAGUUUCGCUCUACUGAACGUAGGGUUUGAUUUUGUUUUAAAUCAUUACCAACGUCUUGAUCGACGUCUAAAACAUUCCUGAUUGUACUGGAGCAGAAACUCUGAACGUCGCCGCGUCGUUUAUUUCUGAGCGUUUGUCGGAAUCUAACGCGGUUUGCACACAAGAAGCUUUUUCACGCUUUGGCACUUAAACCGGUACAAAUAAGUCAAAACAUUUAAAGCUCGUUAGCGAGCGGCGGAUAACGAACCUCCCCGUCAUUUAAAGCAGCUGUUAUUUCUUUAUGGCGCCCCCAUCAGGCCGCCACUCUCACGAUGGACAGAAUAUCACAAACCUUAUGUGGCGGUUACCGGAGGAACUCUAUACCUGAACGUUUAGGAGCGUUUUUUUAAUCCUCUCGCCCCCCUGCAUGAUCGGGAGGGCGUGAGGUUGGGACGGGACGGGGACGAGCGCAUGAGUCCGUCAGGUUGAUUUAAGCUGGCCUUAUAUAACCUUUUCUAUCCUUCUUCUAAUAAUUCCUGUUCCGACUGUUCAGUGCUCGUUUGUAUUUUACCGACUCUGUCGUGUGAGCUAAAGGAACGCCUCCGUCCGUCCGUCCGUCCGUUUUUAAACAGAAUCCUGUAGUAAUAACGGUUAAAGGUCUCUAACGGCUCCGUCCAGCUCGUGUUCGUUUCUCUCCUGCAAUACAGACGGAUUUGACAGUAUUUUAUACCCACAGUCUUUUACAUCUCGUCACUUUUUUACACUUCAGCGUUUGACAGGAACUCUCCCGGGGUCGCGGUCCCACUUUAAACUGAGGAGGAGGAGGGGGGGGGGGGCCUUUCACCCCACAUCACCAGGCACGUACCGAUGAUCGCUUUACGAUACUUCACGAUAUUCAUCUUCAGCUCCGUCUCCUCUCACAGGCGCGUUCGUACGUUCUUAAAUGUAACAGGAGGCUCUCCAGCUCGGCAGAGGAUAAACGUUUAUAAUAGAUGUGAGAUUUUACCAGUAACAGUCGUUCCCUUGGUGAUAUUUAGCCUUAAACUAACCAGAUCACAUUCAGUACAAGAGCUAAACUGCUUUAAUAAGCUGAGCAGCGCCGUGAUAAAACACCGACGUUUUUAAUAAUCGACGCUCUUUCUUUUGAAAUAAAGAUUAAACGCGGUUGCAGUUGUAAAUCUUAAAUAUUUGAGGACACGGGGGCCCUCGGGUGGCACUAACGCAUCGCUGCCAAGUGUCGGAGCUUGUGAGUUGAGGUCUCAGCAGAGCUGCCGACCUGACCAGGCGUCCACACAGACACAAAUGGACACGUGUGGUGGUGGGGGGUCAUUACACGAAGCUUAGUGUGGCUCUCUGGAAUUAACACUGGCAGGUGAUAAGAAGCGGCGCAGAUCGGACGCCUGUUGGAGGAGCGGAUUCACAAUCAGGAACUGGAUAUGACUAAAUUAGGAAGUGGUGGUGGGGGGGGGGUUAGGUUAGGAAAGAUAAUAAAACAUCAGAAAAACGUUUUUUGUGUGUAGAAAAACAUUUAAAUAUUAUUAUUAAUAUUAUUGUUGUUGAAACGUAACGAGCCGUUAAUGCGCCAGACGUUUACAGCAGCGAGCUCGGCGCUAACAAGCUAUUUCAUUCAUAUUAGAUUUUUUUAUUUGACGUCUUGACGUCGUUUCUCUCAGUUAAAGGUUUUAUGAGGCUGAAAAAUAUAUUAUAAAGGAUUGUUGAGGCUAGCGAUGCUAACCAGGAAACCACGGCAGUCAGACGUAAACGUGGAUCAGGACUCCGGGAUGAACGUAGUGUUCAGAUCUGCGCUAGUGCGCGUUUGUGGUGAACGUGAACGUGAGUUAGCGAAUGUCGCGACAGUAUCAUAAACAUGCUAAUUUAAUAGCGGUACGUGCCUGACCUCCUCGCGUUAGCCUCGGUGACCCGGCGACGUUCCCGCCCGCCUGGUUUUUUACUCUCUUCAGUUUUGGGUGGCGUUGGUUCCUCGUGUGCGUCGCUGAUCUCGGAUAUUCCUGUGGCCUUCCAUGUGUUUAUAUCUAAUAUAAAUCUAUAACUAUAAUUCUAUAACCGCAUCUAAACGUUUAUGCAGAUAUGCAAACGUCUCCUCAUCAAUAAAUCACGGAGACUUUUACUGCAGCUCACAACGACUUUUAUCUGUUAGGAUUUUACAGCCAAUGAGGAGAGAGGAGCGGUGAGGAGCUAACGGCUGAGCGGCGGUACCGUUCUCGCUAACAGUACAAACCUAAACACUGAGGGCGCGCGGUGAACGCAACACCAUCAUCAGCAGAACCAACAAUAAACGCUACACACGUAACCUAGCACCAGAAUAUGUUAGCAUUCAUGCUACAUUACAUUUAGCAUGAAAACCAGCAGAACUCCUGAAGCUGAUCGUGUUUUAUUUGUAGUUCUUAGUGCUAAACAUGCUAAAGCAGCAGUUAGCAUUACAGCAACAAUGCUAACACGCGAUCGUUUCAUAUAAAUCAUCAAACUAACCGAGAGACAAAAAUAACCAGCAGUUUGCUAAGCUAAGCAUGCUAAAAACACACAUUCAAACUACAGUAAACACGCUAACCUACAAACAGUUAGCAUUAGCAAAACAAUAAAACAGCAAUUCUAUUAUAGCUGGUUCGCUAACUGCUAAGUUUUUUGCUAGCUAGUCCAGAGUACAGCUGCUAAAAUGUAUUAGCAUAAAUUCUGUAGCUCGAUUCUUUGAUUAGCAACCAGGCUAAAUACAGAUUAGCAUUACAGUCAACAUGCUAACAUACACACAAAACUACAAACUGAUAUUUAAUAAACUAGCGACUUUAUUCUAAUUAAGAAUUAAAUCAAAGUGAAAUUUGAUUAUUUAGCAGCCAGUGCUAAUGUAGCUACAGUAUAAAUAAAGCGUUAAUGUUUACGCUCGCUAGUUUUAGCUAAAAGUGCUAAAGCGACUCUAAUGCUCUUAUAUUUUUAAUAUAAAAACAAAUUAGUGUUAGCAUAAUCAACAAAACCGCCAAACCAACAACAAAGUAUUCUAGUGAAUAAGCUAACACUAAGCUAACGUAAGCUAUCAUUAAUGUAAGCAAACCAAAGACUAAACAUGCUAGCAGACAAACUAGCAAUAUGCUAAACAUGCUAAACUAAAUAUAAAAACGACCUGUAGAUUAGCACGUUAGCUAACAGCCAGACCAAAGACGCCACGCCCGGCGUGUUUCUGAGUUUGUGAUAGUGAGAAUCGUACUGGUGCUAUCAGCCUCCCCACCGCACCGUCUCAGCUCCAGCAGCCUGAACCCGGAGAGGAGGGCGUGGGAUUCGAUCCCAGAACCUUUGUAAUGAUGUAAACAGUGAAAGUGUCGCUGCGUCGCUCUGAUCCGUAACAGAAGGUUUAUUAUUAUUAUUAUUAUUAUUAUUAUUAUUAUUAUUAUUAUUGGGCGGUGCAGAUGAUUCCCGGCCGUCUGCGCGAGUGUGUGUGUGUGUGGAGAGAGUGUGUGUGGAGUGUGUGUGAGGUGUGUGUGGAGUGUGUGGAGUGUGAGGUGUGUGUGGAGUGUGUGUGUGUGUGGAGUGUGUCUGUGUGAGGUGUGUGUGUGUGUGUGUGUGGAGAGAGUGUGUGUGGAGUGUGUGUGUGUGUGUGUGAGGUGUGUGUGGAGUGUGUGGAGUGUGAGGUGUGUGUGGAGUGUGAGGUGUGUGUGUGAGAUGUGUGUGUGUGGAGUGUGUCUGUGUGAGGUGUGUGUGUGUGUGUGUGGAGAGAGUGUGUGUGGAGUGUGUGUGUGAGGUGUGUGUGUGUGUGUGUGAGGUGUGUGUGUGUGAGGUGUGUGUGUGUGUGUGUGUGUGUGUGUGUGUGUGUGUGAGGUGUGUGUGUGUGUGUGUGUGUGAGAUGUGUGUGUGUGUGAGGUGUGUGUGUGUGUGUGUGUGUGAGGUGUGUGUGUGAGGUGUGUGUGUGUGUGUGUGUGUGUGUGAGGUGUGUGUGUGUGUGUGUGUGUGAGAUGUGUGUGUGUGUGAGGUGUGUGUGUGUGUGGAGUGUAAGGUGUGUGUGUGUGUGUGUGAGGUGUGUGUGUGUGAGGUGUGUGUGUGUGUGUGUGUGUGUGUGUGUGAGGUGUGUGUGUGUGUGUGUGUGUGUGUGAGAUUUGUGUGUGUGUGAGGUGUGUGUGUGUGUGUGUGUGUGAGGUGUGUGUGUGAGGUGUGUGUGAGGUGUGUGUGUGAGAUGUGUGUGUGUGUGAGGUGUGUGUGUGUGGAGUGUAAGGUGUGUGUGUGUGUGGAGUGUGUGUGUGUGUGUGAGGUGUGUGUGUGUGGAGUGUAAGGUGUGUGUGUGAGGUGUGUGUGUGUGAGGUGUGUGUGUGAGGUGUGUGUGUGUGUGUGAGAUGUGUGUGUGUGUGAGGUGUGUGUGUGUGGAGUGUAAGGUGUGUGUGUGUGUGUGUGAGGUGUGUGUGUGUGAGGUGUGUGUGUGAGGUGUGUGUGUGAGAUGUGUGUGUGUGUGAGGUGUGUGUGUGUGGAGUGUGUGUGUGUGGAGUGUGUGUGUGUGUGAGAUGUGUGUGUGUGGAGUGUGUGUGUGUGUGAGGUGUGUGUGUGAGGUGUGUGUGUGAGAUGUGUGUGUGUGUGAGGUGUGUGUGUGUGGAGUGUGUGUGUGUGUGAGGUGUGUGUGUGUGGAGUGUGUGUGUGUGAGGUGUGUGUGUGAGGUGUGUGUGUGAGAUGUGUGUGUGUGUGAGGUGUGUGUGUGUGGAGUGUGUGUGUGUGUGAGGUGUGUGUGUGUGGAGUGUGUGUGUGUGAGGUGUGUGUGAGGUGUGUGUGUGUGGAGUGUGUGUGUGUGUGAGAUGUGUGUGUGUGGAGUGUGUGUGUGUGUGAGGUGUGUGUGUGAGGUGUGUGUGUGAGAUGUGUGUGUGUGUGAGGUGUGUGUGUGUGGAGUGUGUGUGUGUGUGAGGUGUGUGUGUGUGAGGUGUGUGUGUGUGGAGUGUGUGUGUGUGUGAGAUGUGUGUGUGUGGAGUGUGUGUGUGUGUGAGGUGUGUGUGUGAGGUGUGUGUGUGAGAUGUGUGUGUGUGUGAGGUGUGUGUGUGUGGAGUGUGUGUGUGUGUGAGGUGUGUGUGUGUGGAGUGUGUGUGUGUGAGGUGUGUGUGAGGUGUGUGUGUGUGGAGUGUGUGUGUGUGUGAGAUGUGUGUGUGUGGAGUGUGUGUGUGUGUGAGGUGUGUGUGUGAGGUGUGUGUGUGAGAUGUGUGUGUGUGUGAGGUGUGUGUGUGUGGAGUGUGUGUGUGUGUGAGGUGUGUGUGUGUGGAGUGUGUGUGUGUGUGAGGUGUGUGUGUGAGGUGUGUGUGUGAGAUGUGUGUGUGUGUGAGGUGUGUGUGUGUGGAGUGUGUGUGUGUGUGAGGUGUGUGUGUGUGGAGUGUGUGUGUGUGUGAGGUGUGUGUGUGAGAUGUGUGUGUGUGUGUGUGAGGUGUGUGUGUGUGGAGUGUGUGUGUGUGAGGUGUGUGUGUGUGAGGUGUGUGUGUGUGAGGUGUGUGUGUGUGUGUGUGUGUGAGGUGUGUGUGUGUGAGGUGUGUGUGUGUGGAGUGUGUGUGUGUGUGUGUGUGUGAGGUGUGUGUGUGUGAGGUGUGUGUGUGUGGAGUGUGUGUGUGUGUGUGUGUGUGUGAGGUGUGUGUGUGUGAGGUGUGUGUGUGUGUGUGAGGUGUGUGUGUGAGGUGUGUGUGUGUGUGUGUGUGUGUGUGUGAGGUGUGUGUGUGGAGUGUAAGGUGUGUGUGUGUGUGUGAGGUGUGUGUGUGUGAGGUGUGUGUGUGUGUGUGUGAGUGUGUGUGGAGUGUAAGGUGUGUGUGUGUGUGUGAGGUGUGUGUGUGUGAGGUGUGUGUGUGUGUGUGUGUGAGUGUGUGAGGUGUGUGUGUGGAGUGUAAGGUGUGUGUGUGUGUGUGAGGUGUGUGUGUGUGAGGUGUGUGUGUGUGUGUGUGAGUGUGUGUGGAGUGUAAGGUGUGUGUGUGUGUGUGAGGUGUGUGUGUGAGGUGUGUGUGUGUGUGUGUGUGAGUGUGUGAGGUGUGUGUGUGGAGUGUAAGGUGUGUGUGUGUGUGUGAGGUGUGUGUGUGUGAGGUGUGUGUGUGUGUGUGUGAGUGUGUGUGGAGUGUAAGGUGUGUGUGUGUGUGUGAGGUGUGUGUGUGUGAGGUGUGUGUGUGCGUGUGUGUGAGUGUGUGUGGAGUGUAAGGUGUGUGUGUGUGUGUGAGGUGUGUGUGUGAGGUGUGUGUGUGUGUGUGUGUGAGUGUGUGAGGUGUGUGUGUGGAGUGUAAGGUGUGUGUGUGUGUGUGAGGUGUGUGUGUGUGAGGUGUGUGUGUGUGUGUGUGAGUGUGUGUGGAGUGUAAGGUGUGUGUGUGUGUGUGAGGUGUGUGUGUGAGGUGUGUGUGUGUGUGUGUGUGAGUGUGUGAGGUGUGUGUGUGGAGUGUAAGGUGUGUGUGUGUGUGUGAGGUGUGUGUGUGUGAGGUGUGUGUGUGUGUGUGUGAGUGUGUGUGGAGUGUAAGGUGUGUGUGUGUGUGUGAGGUGUGUGUGUGUGAGGUGUGUGUGUGCGUGUGUGUGAGUGUGUGUGGAGUGUAAGGUGUGUGUGUGUGUGUGAGGUGUGUGUGUGAGGUGUGUGUGUGUGUGUGUGUGAGUGUGUGAGGUGUGUGUGUGGAGUGUAAGGUGUGUGUGUGUGUGUGAGGUGUGUGUGUGUGAGGUGUGUGUGUGUGUGUGUGAGUGUGUGUGGAGUGUAAGGUGUGUGUGUGUGUGUGAGGUGUGUGUGUGUGAGGUGUGUGUGUGCGUGUGUGUGAGUGUGUGUGGAGUGUAAGGUGUGUGUGUGUGUGUGAGGUGUGUGUGUGAGGUGUGUGUGUGUGUGUGUGUGAGUGUGUGAGGUGUGUGUGUGGAGUGUAAGGUGUGUGUGUGUGUGUGAGGUGUGUGUGUGUGAGGUGUGUGUGUGUGUGUGUGAGUGUGUGUGGAGUGUAAGGUGUGUGUGUGUGUGUGAGGUGUGUGUGUGAGGUGUGUGUGUGUGUGUGUGUGAGUGUGUGAGGUGUGUGUGUGGAGUGUAAGGUGUGUGUGUGUGUGUGAGGUGUGUGUGUGUGAGGUGUGUGUGUGUGUGUGUGAGUGUGUGUGGAGUGUAAGGUGUGUGUGUGUGUGUGAGGUGUGUGUGUGUGAGGUGUGUGUGUGCGUGUGUGUGAGUGUGUGUGUUAAUCUUUACCUCACUGAGGAUUAUCAGGGAUUUUUUGGACAAUGCUUCACGUUAGCCGGCCACGCCCAUGAUCCGCUGUUUUAUAUCUAAUGUGCUGUUAAGCCUUUUUAUUAAAGAUGCAAUCUGAGGUGUGUGUGUGUGUGUGUGUGUGUGUGUGUGUGUGUGUGUGUGUGGGCGCGGUCAGGGGGCGGAGUCACUUCAUUCCUGAUUUAUGAAGGAGAUUGGAUUGUGUGAAUUUACUGUACAGACCAACACACACACACACACACACACACACACGAGUUUAUACAAGAAAUAAAUCCACAAUUAUUCUUUUAUUAA